AUGUCUUCACUAACUGGAGCCGCGGUUGAAGAAGAAGAGCUUUAUUCCAGUUGGGCUUUAUUGAUCCAAACUGUUUUAUUAAUUCUUGCAUUAUGGACAAGUUACUAUUUACAAAUAAAACAAAUUCGUUCUAUUCAUGAGACG